UUUUCACUUUCACCAGAUAACUAUUAUUACUAGCACGUUCAUACUGCAGAACAAUGCCGUGGACCAAGACCAAAGAGGAGCAGCAAAUGGCAUAGCUAUGACUGCAAUGUCACUUUUUAAAGCUGUUGGUCCAGCUGCUGGAGGAGCAGUCUUUUCUUGGGCACAACGGCGUCAGGUUGCUGCCUUCCUUCCAGGUACCUGGAUCAUAAUCAAUUUACUGGGAGAAUCCCGGAUGCAUUCUAUAAGCACACUUUCUUGAAAGAAAUGUAUAUUGAAGGAAAUGCUUUCCGGCCAGGUGUGAACCCUAUUGGCGUCCACAAUGUCCUUGAAGUUUCUGACACAGAGUUCUUGUUUUAGUCAAAGCUUCCACAUUAUUUACUCGUAGAAUUGUUUCUUUUUGUUCUUGCUAAAACUAGGGUGUUUCAGUUUGAAUUGGAAUGUAGUUCUAUAAAUAGGAUGUAUAUAAUGUACACUAGUGUUUUGGGAAAUUUAAGAAAUUUU